UUCCUAUCAGUGUUCACAUGCAGCAUACUCCUUCUGAUGUGAUCAUUUGCUCUUGCAAAAUAUUGUAAAAGUGACAAAGGAACAGAGUAGCACCGCAUCUACUAGAAAGCAGCAAUUGGAAAGGAUAUGAUAGGGCAGAGCAGGAGGAAGCGUGAAGCACAAUGGUGAGCCUAAAUCAUAUUCAAAAAUCUUACAGUAAGCCACACCUAAGCUUCCUUAAAAUGCACUGCGAUUCUGGUCUUUAAGUGCUUCAUGCUCAUUAUCAUCACACUUCUGCCAGUGACUUAAAAUGGCAUCAGUGGUGACUGUGGAACGAAGACCGACCGCUCAUCUUGUGAUCAGGGUUGUGAUGACGGUGCUCAGCUCAGUGAAGAAGCAGCUCCUCCUCUCCUUUCUCUGUGCUUUACUGCUAUGUCUUUUCACUGGGUGGAGAGAUUUCCAGGCCAAUUCUUCUCCCUACCAUACCAGUAGUAGAAAUCUCACCAUCCUGCUGUGGUACUGGCCAUUCGGAAGGUCAUUCACUCUGAAAAGUGACUUGUGCUUGGACCUCUAUCGCAUCCCUCACUGUAGACUGGUGGACGACCGCUCCUUGUUCCCCUCAGCUGAUGUAGUGGUGUUCCACCACAGAGAGUUGGUAACGGGCCGCCAAAAGCUGCCCCUUGACCUUCAGCGGCCGCAGGGCCAGAGGUGGGCCUGGAUGUCCCUUGAAGGCCCCGUUCACAAUGGACACAUGCACCGGUAUGCAAAUAUCUUCAACAUGACCAUAACCUACAGGAGGGAUGCUGAUAUCACCAUACCCUACGGCCAACGACUACCAAAGGAGGCUGAAGGACAUCUAGCGGAAGAAGUCCCUCUGAAUAAGAGCUUCCUGGUCUGUUGGGUGGUCAGCAACUACAGGAGCCGCCACAAGAGAAGCAAAGUGUUCAAAGAGCUCAAUGCCACAGUCCCUGUGAAGGUUUACGGUCGUUGGACAAAAGCACGCCUCACCUCUAGUGCCCUCUUACCUACAAUCUCUCGCUGCUACUUCUAUUUGGCUUUUGAGAACUCAGUUGCCAAAGAUUACAUCACAGAGAAGCUGUGGAGGAAUGCUUACCAGGGCGGGGCGGUGCCUGUCGUCCUGGGACCGCCAUUAGAAGACUACAAAGCUGUGGCUCCACCAAAUUCUUUCAUCCAUGUUGAUGAUUUUGCAUCAAUUACAGACUUAGGGAACUAUCUACAACAGCUUUCAGAGGACAAGAAACACUACAGUGAAUAUUUUAACUGGAAACAUGAGUGGAAAGUGAAGCUGUACACAGACUGGAGGGAGAGACUGUGUAACAUCUGCUCACAGUACAACAGUUUACCUCAAGAGCAAGUUUACUCUGACCUCGAUGCCUGGGUUAAGGCUUAAAACACUUGAGUUUUCAUAGUUAGUUAAUGUGGCACUUCUCAGACAAAUUGACAUUGUUUACAUGUAGGAAAAUGUGUCCAAGAACACUAUGGAAACGUAUAUCUUCUGUGUGUACACAACCAACACAACUACCCUGCUUUAACUCGGCCUACUUCAUAGAACAAUGACCAGGUGAAUCAAGUCCCUGGCACUGCAUCUGUAGCACUUUAUACCAAACAUGUGACCUCUCUAGAGCUAAAAGAAUAGCUUGAAACUAUGUGAAAACACAGUUAGAUGAUUCUGCAGCAAGCAGCUGUUAGCUUAACUUAGCUUAGCAUAGCAUAACAUAACAUAACAAGCAGAGACAGUGGGAUUCAGCUGGCCUGGGUACACUCGCCACAUGUAGACUGUUGGUUUAAACUGGCUAUAUUUUUUGCAGGGGCACCUUACCUGCACAAGCCAGAUUGUCCUCCUCCUUAUCCCAGAAUGACACUGACAGUGCUGUGAAGAUAGGUCUGAUAAUACUAGCCAAAGGUAACAAAAUAUGCCUACUAACUUGCCUUGCUUCCAGCACUUCUAAAGCUCACUCCUUAACAUAUUAUAACUCCCAGUGUAGAAAAAGGUCUGCAUAUAAACACUUGUUAAACCACAUCGUUUUGUGAGCUGAAGCUGGGAGCAGCACACAUACACACACACACACACUCACACUCACACACACACACACACAGGAGCUGGGAGCAACACACAAACACUUCUUAAUCCAUCAAAUAUCAUGAAAAGAACUUGAUAUCCAAGUAUUUAGCAAAGUUUUCUAACUAAUUCAUUUCUAACUAGUUUUCUAAGAAAGUUCCACUUGAACUUGCAAAAUUAUUUUCUGCUCUUUUUGAACCUUUGGGCAUUUUUCAUGACACAUGCAUGGUAACCAGCAAUACUUGAUUACCUGGAAUCUCAGCAAAAUAGUUUUCAUUCUUGAAUACUUGUGUAAUAAACCAAAGAAAUGGCAACAAGGCAGUUAGCAGAAGAAAUGGAAGAAGUUAAAUAGUCAUUGAACUUUAUGUCAGAGGAACUACUGUAAGUAAAGUGGUGAAACAACAGACAGGUCUAUUGGAAUUAAUUGGUUAAAGUUCGACCACUGAAGGCUGUGAUCAAAGAAAAGGACAAGAAGAUUGAAGAGUGGAAGGUCUGGAACAAUACACUAGAAUGGAUAUUUUGGUUUUGGUUGAUAUCUAGACUGGAGACAACCCAUCGCACCUAUGCACGGAUCACAGCAGGAUAAUGUGUGAAUACACAGAAUACAGUCUUUUGAUUUUUUAAGAUCACACAUUUUAUGAGAAAGAAAAUGACAUUGAUCCAGAGACUCACUUCAGAACAUUAAUAUGAACUGAGUAUUUUUCCAAGGAUGACUUUAAUAUCACAAAGAUUUUUUUUUCUGUGAUCCACUUUAACAGUAGGAGUUGAUUACUGGUAAUUUAAUGGAAUGUGUAACUACUGAAAUUAAGUUUGAAAGGAAGAAAAACCUUAAUGAGUUGCAUUUAUCGCCAUUUAACAGCCUAGAUCAAUUUAACAAAAUGAGAAUAUGAGUUAUAUGAAAAACGUGAGGGGAUUUUGAUUUGUGAAAUUUGAUUUUCAAGAUGUACAUCAUAUAGCCGAAAAUAAAGAUCAUUUGUCAAUUGUUGUUUCUGUACUCUGGUUUCCUUACAAACAAAACCAAGUUAGGUGUUUCCAUGUGUUUACAGUUUUUAGGCUAAGCCAACUGUCUCCACCUUUGUAUGUAGCGUACGGAUAAUCUGCAGGAUAUACUCAAGGCUA